AUGCCAGAGAAGAUGAACGAGAUAGCAAUGUCAAAACUAUCAGAGGGUGAUAUUUCCCAGAAUAACGCCUGGAAAGGAAGUAAGUCUUCAGCAGAGAUGUGGCAGGAGUUUGUUGAUAACACAACACUGCAUGGUAUCCGCUACGUGUUCAUGAAACGUCACAUUCUCGUGCGCUUAAUCUGGCUUGUGUUACUGCUGACCUCUGGAGGAUAUUACAUUUUCACAGUUUACAGAGCUUUCAAUAAAUUCUUCGAUCGUCCAAUUAACACCGUAAUAAGCAGAAAAAUUGUUAAAGAAAUGGACUUCCCUGCGGUAACAAUCUGCUCUCUUAACCUUUUUGAAAAGAGUAAAGUUUUGAUGACUGAUGACAACCCACUUUUUGCAUCCAGCGGAUUAAACAUCAGCUCAUGCGCUGUGACAGCAAGUGUGCGAGGCAAUCGUCCCUGUGGAUUGUCUCUAAUUUGCUGCUGUGUUUUUACCGAGGACAUAAACGACGCAUUAGUUAUCCCCAACUGUACCCAGGAGUAUAGACAAGAUCUUUUAAAUGUUAUUCAGAGCAGUUCUCAUCGUCCGGACCUUGAGGUCUUGUAUAUGCACUAUAGCCAAAACUUAAGUUCUCUCGCCGGACCACGCUGUAACUUUGGUUGGCAAAGCACACCUUGCACAUUGAACGACUUUGUUCCCAUGGUAACGGACUGGGGAAUGUGCUACACCUUCAAUUCAGGACUUGAAGGCAAACCAAUUAGAAAAGUGGACGCUGGCGGAGUUUCAUCGGGGUUGGCUUUUAUUCUCGACGCAAAUGUACACGAAUAUACUCAAGGAAAGUUCUCAGAGGGAUUUAAGGUGUUGAUUCAUGGGCAGGGCGAGUACAUUGAUCAAUGGGAAGGAAUCAACGUAGGACCAGGACAGCAUGCUGUGAUAGCUCUCUCGGAGAAAAGGGUAAAAUACCGAGUAGUCCAUUGUGAUGAUAUAUUUUUAUUGAGCGUGUGUUUUAAGAGUCAGAUAAACUGUAAAUGGCCAACACAUCCCGGACCCUUACCCAUGGGUUAUUAAUUCUUGGGAAUGUCUACUUUCGUGUUCGGGCAUUUUUUGUUUUUACUGUAAACAGUGUCACCGUUUUUUAUUUUUUUUCAAUGAUCUUAUGCCGUUUUAACGUGAAUUAGUAAACUGCAGACCAAAAAAAUGCUGGUGACUGCCCGUAUUAGUCCUGAGGAAAAAAUAGAAUGAACGACCCGAAGCUUAUCCUGGUUUCAGUAGCAUGAGUGACAGGAGGGGGUGGGAGGGGACGCUAAUUCAUCACAGGGUCACCAACAACAACAUGACCCCAGUACAGUGGAACCUCGAUAUAACGAAGGGCCAAGGGACGGGCAAAAUAUGUUUGCUAUAAGGAGGUUUCGUUUUAUCAAAGAUUUUCGUUAUACCGACGGCUUUGUUAUAUAGAGUUUUGUUAUAUCGAGGUUCCUCUGUACCCAUUGAAACACUUGAGCUGAAUAGAGAAGGCAAGAAGAAACGUUUGGCUUGAUCAGGCAAGCAACGUGAUGGGGUCCGAUGUUAAACCUUGAUCAAUUCAUUAAGAAAUUAAAUGCUAUGAACUUCCAAUCGUUUAUUUUAAUAGUUAGCCCUGCUCAACGGUAUUUUUCUUGAGAAACGAUCCAUGUCUUCGCUAUUCCGAUAAAAAAAAAACACGACUAGGCGGACGCAAGAAGAAACAGAUCUCCUCCAAAUCCAUUUUAUAAAUCUUAUUAACACAACAUAUUUUUUCAGUUUAAGAACUUGGAGAAGCCAUAUCAUACUAACUGCAGCACGAGAACAUUAAAAACGUUCAAAACGUAUACAUCUGAAGGAUGCAUGUAUGAGUGUGGAGCUGAAAGCACGAUCAAAACGUGCGGGUGUAGACCUGCCGGAUACAGAGGUAUAAUGAUAUUAUUAUUUCCCCCUGGAUUCCAAAUAAUUUGCAAAUCAAUAUCAGGUCCUUCGUAGCUUAUGGCUUUGCUUUCGCACUUUCUACGAAAAACCUCUUUUUUAAUCAAAGUUCCAUAGCCCUAGCGGUAAACUGACCCCCAAAUCUUACCCAUUAUGUACUGGAUCUAAGCAAAUUCCACGCAUCUCGUGUGGCCCUUUUUAAAAAAACCAGGUGAUCGUCUUUACCUAGCUAAUAAGAUUUUGGACUUGUGAGUUUGGCCAACCAAUCAAAUUGCAUGAAAACUGUCCCCAUUUAGCCCGAAAAGAGGACUGUUUAGGGACUUUUCAACCAACUUUGGUUUUUACUUUUGUUUUCUUUUCUUUUGUUUCAUUUUGUUUGUUUGUUUGUUUGUUUCGAAAGCAAAACUGUGGACAGGUCCUCAUUCAUUGUUAUACCUUUCGAAAUAAAUCAAAGCUGUACUAUCACAUGCAUGCACAUGAUAUUUAUUUGGCCCUAUGAUUAAUUCUACAUAUUUCUACACUCUUUACUUGAAAAAGCUGCUGUUUAUGUUGUGUAUUGUCCUUAUUAUAAGGUGCUCCCCAAGCUCAUACUUGUGGAUCAAGAACAGAACUAAAUUGUGUUUACCAGGUAGAUGGUGAGUAGACAUUGACUAGGAGAACAUAUGAAGGAGGUAAAUGUUUUAAGAUAUUGUUUGACUGAAACGGUUCUUUUAGAAGCACAAAAAAGUACAUAAUUAUGUAAGCUAUUGAAAGUCAUGUUAUUGAAGAUUAUUUACAAGCAAUAACAGCGCUUGCCCAAACUACAUUUACACUUGCAAAAGCCAGAUCCAGAAAAUGAUUAAAAAAGCGAUACGAGAGUUCAUGCUUGAGUUCCGACCUCGAAACAGAGUGUUCCGGAGCUCACGUGUUUUACUUCUUCCAAAACGUGCAAGUUAAUAUCGCUUGUUAGAUAUAAAAAAUCGUCAAUAAGCCAGUAUUUGCCAGCCUUUCGACUCUCCCAUAGCUGAGCGAACAUAUUCUAGACAAAAGGUAGUGGCAGUGAGAAUUGUACCGUCACAGUAAAUAAAUAAAAUAAAUAAAGUCUCUUCAUUGUUCAAAAGAUAGAAUUACAUAUCUUAUGUUAAAUUUAAAUUUAACAACAGUAGAAUUGACCAACCUUUAUCUUUGACUAUGUAGCUGUGUUAGACGAAGAGUUCUGCGGAUGCCAAAUCUUUUAAAUGUUAUUCAGAGCAGUUCUCAUCGUCCGGACCUUGAGGUCUUGUAUAUGCACUAUAGCCAAAACUUAAGUUCUCUCGCCGGACCACGCUGUAACUUUGGUUGGCAAAGCACACCUUGCACAUUGAACGACUUUGUUCCCAUGGUAACGGACUGGGGAAUGUGCUACACCUUCAAUUCAGGACUUGAUGGCAAACCAAUUAGAAAAGUGGACGCUGGCGGAGUUUCAUCGGGGUUGGCUUUUAUUCUCGACGCAAAUGUACACGAAUAUACUCAAGGAAAGUUCUCAGAGGGAUUCAAGGUGUUGAUUCAUGGGCAGGGCGAGUAUAUUGAUCAAUGGGAAGGAAUCAACGUAGGACCAGGACAGCAUGUUGUGAUAGCUCUCUCGGAGAAAAGGGUAAAAUACUGAGUAAUCCAUUGUGAUGAUAUAUUUUCAUUGAGCGUGUGUUUUAAGAGUCAGAUAAACUGUAAAUGGCCACAACAUCCCGGACUCUUACCCAUGGGUUAUUAAUUCUUGGGAAUGUCUACUUUCGUGUUCGGGCAUUUUUUGUUUUUACUGUAAACAGUGUCACCGUUUUUUAUUUUUUUUCAAUGAUCUUAUGCCGUUUUAACGUGAAUUAGUAAACUGCAGACCAAAAAAAUGCUGGUGACUGCCCGUAUUAGUCCUGAGGAAAAAAUAGAAUGAACGACCCGAAGCUUAUCCUGGUUUCAGUAGCAUGAGUGACAGGAGGGGGUGGGAGGGGACGCUAAUUCAUCACAGGGUCACCAACAACAACAUGACCCCAGUACAGUGGAACCUCGAUAUAACGAAGGGCCAAGGGACGGGCAAAAUAUGUUUGCUAUAAGGAGGUUUCGUUUUAUCAAAGAUUUUCGUUAUACCGACGGCUUUGUUAUAUAGAGUUUUGUUAUAUCGAGGUUCCUCUGUACCCAUUGAAACACUUGAGCUGAAUAGAGAAGGCAAGAAGAAACGUUUGGCUUGAUCAGGCAAGCAACGUGAUGGGGUCCGAUGUUAAACCUUGAUCAAUUCAUUAAGAAAUUAAAUGCUAUGAACUUCCAAUCGUUUAUUUUAAUAGUUAGCCCUGCUCAACGGUAUUUUUCUUGAGAAACGAUCCAUGUCUUCGCUAUUCCGAUAAAAAAAAAACACGACUAGGCGGACGCAAGAAGAAACAGAUCUCCUCCAAAUCCAUUUUAUAAAUCUUAUUAACACAACAUAUUUUUUCAGUUUAAGAACUUGGAGAAGCCAUAUCAUACUAACUGCAGCACGAGAACAUUAAAAACGUUCAAAACGUAUACAUCUGAAGGAUGCAUGUAUGAGUGUGGAGCUGAAAGCACGAUCAAAACGUGCGGGUGUAGACCUGCCGGAUACAGAGGUAUAAUGAUAUUAUUAUUUCCCCCUGGAUUCCAAAUAAUUUGCAAAUCAAUAUCAGGUCCUUCGUAGCUUAUGGCUUUGCUUUCGCACUUUCUACGAAAAACCUCUUUUUUAAUCAAAGUUCCAUAGCCCUAGCGGUAAACUGACCCCCAAAUCUUACCCAUUAUGUACUGGAUCUAAGCAAAUUCCACGCAUCUCGUGUGGCCCUUUUUAAAAAAACCAGGUGAUCGUCUUUACCUAGCUAAUAAGAUUUUGGACUUGUGAGUUUGGCCAACCAAUCAAAUUGCAUGAAAACUGUCCCCAUUUAGCCCGAAAAGAGGACUGUUUAGGGACUUUUCAACCAACUUUGGUUUUUACUUUUGUUUUCUUUUCUUUUGUUUCAUUUUGUUUGUUUGUUUGUUUGUUUCGAAAGCAAAACUGUGGACAGGUCCUCAUUCAUUGUUAUACCUUUCGAAAUAAAUCAAAGCUGUACUAUCACAUGCAUGCACAUGAUAUUUAUUUGGCCCUAUGAUUAAUUCUACAUAUUUCUACACUCUUUACUUGAAAAAGCUGCUGUUUAUGUUGUGUAUUGUCCUUAUUAUAAGGUGCUCCCCAAGCUCAUACUUGUGGAUCAAGAACAGAACUAAAUUGUGUUUACCAGGUAGAUGGUGAGUAGACAUUGACUAGGAGAACAUAUGAAGGAGGUAAAUGUUUUAAGAUAUUGUUUGACUGAAACGGUUCUUUUAGAAGCACAAAAAAGUACAUAAUUAUGUAAGCUAUUGAAAGUCAUGUUAUUGAAGAUUAUUUACAAGCAAUAACAGCGCUUGCCCAAACUACAUUUACACUUGCAAAAGCCAGAUCCAGAAAAUGAUUAAAAAAGCGAUACGAGAGUUCAUGCUUGAGUUCCGACCUCGAAACAGAGUGUUCCGGAGCUCACGUGUUUUACUUCUUCCAAAACGUGCAAGUUAAUAUCGCUUGUUAGAUAUAAAAAAUCGUCAAUAAGCCAGUAUUUGCCAGCCUUUCGACUCUCCCAUAGCUGAGCGAACAUAUUCUAGACAAAAGGUAGUGGCAGUGAGAAUUGUACCGUCACAGUAAAUAAAUAAAAUAAAUAAAGUCUCUUCAUUGUUCAAAAGAUAGAAUUACAUAUCUUAUGUUAAAUUUAAAUUUAACAACAGUAGAAUUGACCAACCUUUAUCUUUGACUAUGUAGCUGUGUUAGACGAAGAGUUCUGCGGAUGCCAAGUUCCUUGCUCCCAGACUAAGUAUACUACAGAGGUGUCGUAUUCGAAGUUUCCAGAUCCUGGCACUGCAGAAUCCUUUAUAACGACUGGUUACUAUCCUAACAUACAGUACCAAAGGUAAUGAACAAAGAUGACAAAUGUUAUCCAUCUGAAAUGUGCGCGCAAGCAGUAUAGGACCAGUUAGAGACAUUUUUAAUUUGCGGAGAAUUAUAUAAACGCAGCUUGCGUCAUAGCCUUUAGUUUUUACCUCAUGAAUUAGACAAUGUUUUUUUCUUUUUUUCAGGGAUAAUCUCGUGCUUCUGCAAGUGGGAUUCAAGUCAUUGAGUUACGAGAUGCAGGAACAGCAACCAGCUUAUGACAGCAAUUCAUUGUUUGGUAAAACCAUCUUCAUUUUAAUCUUUUUUCGAAGCCCAGCAUAAGGAAAAAGCUAACCACUCUUCAUAUUUAUCCUAGCAAUCAAGCUUAACCUAAUGUUAUCUCAUCCUCCACUCAUCUCCAUUUCCAGUUGCACUACCUGUCAAAUAAUAUCCGCAAUAUUUAUCAAAAUUACUAUUUCUUUUUCAGGUGAGAUUGGAGGCAACAUGGGAUUAUUCCUUGGUUGUAGCCUGCUGACUAUUUGUGAAUUCUUCGACUUUUUUAUCGGUUUGUUGGCAACACGAAGACGCCAAUUAUUUAAUUCAACUCAUCCUGCCUAA